UUGGUCCAAGCACCCUCGCUGUACUCGUCUAAAAUUGACAAACUGUACAUUAUUGGAGCUGCUUAGAGCAGUUUCUUCAAAACUGUGAUAGUCAGGAUUGGGGUCGGCACGGGACUUAUACUGAAACAUUAGCGAAAUACAGUUAUACACGUUUUAAAAAUGAGCUGGAAUUCAUAUAUCGACAAUCUAAUUUCACAGAGUAAAGACUCCGGCGGACGAUGUCAUGUAGACAAAGCGUGUAUAAUAGGUCUAAAUGGAGGGGUAAAGUGGACAACGGACGGCCAUGAGAAGGCUUUCAAGAUAACGCCGGGAGAGGGUGCUGAUAUAGCGUUAUGCUUCAAGGGUAAAGAUUUUACACCAUUCCAGACGAACGGGGUACCUUGCGAAGGCCAGAAUUAUCAAUUUCUGAGACAGGAAAACCAAAAAGUAGUAAUGGCAAAAAAGAAAGAACAUGGUGCUGUUACUCUUCGGUCCUCAAAAACGGCCAUUGUUAUUGCACAUACCCCCGAGGGCGGUCAACAAGGUUGCUCUAAAAAGGCUGUAGCAGUGAUUGCAGACUAUCUUGAAGGUAUGAACAUGUAGACAGUCCAAUCGGGAGUCUUAUCCAUGGGCAAGCCUACCAGAGCCAACAAGGAUUUGCAUAGGACUGUGCAUAGCAAGAGGAAGGCCUGGUGAGAUGCACAGAAAAUGUAUUUGGCUUUUGUCUGUAUUA